CGCGGGGCGGAGGGGCGGCGCCGGGGUCGCCGUGGCGGACGGCGCCGGCUGAGGCGGCGGCGCUGGAGCGGCCAUGAAGGCGGGAGCUACUUCCAUGUGGGCUUCCUGCUGUGGAUUGCUGAAUGAAGUCAUGGGUACUGGAGCUGUUCGUGGCCAGCAGGCUGGCUUUGGUGGAGGUACUGGCCCAUUCAGAUUUGCACCAAAUACAAACUUUUCAUCAUAUCCAUCUCCAGCUGCAGGAGGAGCUAACAUAGUUUGCAAAGCCUGUGGACUUUCCUUUUCAGUUUUUAGGAAAAAACACGUGUGUUGUGACUGCAAGAAGGAUUUUUGCUCAGUUUGUUCAGUCUUACAAGAAAAUCUCAGAAGAUGUUCUACUUGUCACUUACUACAAGAAACAGCAUUUCAGCGACCUCAGUUAAUGAGAUUGAAAGUAAAGGAUCUGCGUCAGUAUCUGAUUCUCAGAAACAUACCAACAGAUACUUGUCGGGAGAAAGAAGACUUGGUGGAUCUUGUGCUGUGCCAUCACGGAUUAGGUUCUGAGGAGGAUACGGACGGUGGUAGCUUGCAUUCUUCACGGUCACAAACUUCUGCUUUUUUUACUCAUCCAUUUUCUAUGUCUGUAUCAGUGUCUUCUCAAGGAGAACUUGCAAACAGAAGAGGAAGCACAGGAAAUGGAACGCCUUUACGGGGACAAACUGAAACAUCUUUGGUAAAUAAUGAAGAAGAAGAAGAAAGUGCUGAAGAGCAGACCCCUGGAUUGUCCAGAAAGCGAGCGAGGGCAUCUUUGUCUGAUAUUUCAAGUCUGGAAGACAUUGAAGGGUUGAGUGUUCGGCAGUUGAAGGAAAUACUUGCAUGUAAUUUUGUCAACUAUUCAGGAUGCUGUGAAAAAUGGGAACUUGUGGAAAAAGUGAGCAGACUAUACAGAGAGAGUGAGGAAAAUCACAAAACACAGGGGGAGAAGAUGCAGUUGAAUGACAACGACGAUAACCUGUGCCGGAUCUGCAUGGAUGCGGUGAUUGACUGCGUCCUGCUGGAAUGCGGUCACAUGGUCACUUGCACGAAGUGUGGCAAAAGAAUGAGCGAGUGCCCCAUCUGUCGACAGUACGUUGUACGAGCAGUGCAUGUAUUUAAAUCUUAAAUGAAGACCAAAACCUGAUUUUUUUUUUCUAGUCACCCUUUGACUUCCAGGAUUUCUGUGAGCAAGAGUACUGAAGCUUGGGGCAUAUGGCAGAUUUUAGAUCUCAGAAUAAACCAUAACAUUUUGAACAUCAGGAUAUAGAAGUUUGUGAAUCGCUUUUCUACAGUGUACUUAAUCUUACAGUUGGGCAGUAUGAUGCCUUUGAGUAUAGUAAUAGGGCUGCCUGACUUAACUUACCUUAUAAAACCACAAACUGUUCAAGUCAAACUGUUUACAGCUGACCUAGAAUCACUUCUUGCUCUCUUCUGAAGAAUAUCACCUCUAAUUAUUGCAUUAAGUAUUCAGUAAAUGGCCAGGAAAACACCUUUGCUUGACCAUAUUAAGACUAUUACACUGUCUAGUGCAUUAGAAGCAAUGAGUUUAUCAGUUGAAUAUUCAGCUUUUAUAUAAUAGAAACAUGAAUUCAUCAGGUGAAUAUUCAGCUUUUAUGUAAUUAAAUAUAGAAUGUAACUGUUCUGACACUGUUCCUGCAACAGUGUUAACAGUCUAUAAAAUAAGAUUGUAGAAAGCACUGCCAUUAACUGUAUCUGCACAGAAGUUCUUAGGCAAGGUAUUUUUUUAUGCUGACUGCUUCAUUCAUUACCUGUGUAGUGUCUUGGCCAUUCUUUGUAAAUGGACAACAAGCAUAGUCAUCUUAUGCAUUCUGUCAUGGGGCAGCCGCAUACCAAGGAGAGAGAGAUAUAUAUGUAUAUCUUUUUUUAGUUUAGGAGUAAGUUUUGUUUUUUUUUUUUUUUUUUUUAAGGGUAUACAAAAACAUACUCUUGUAGUCCUUAAUAGCCAUUCAUGCCUAUUGCAACUAUUAAUCUACAUGUGAUGAUUGUACUUUAUGUGCCGACAACCUGAUGUUACUGUGAAUACUAAUCAGGGUCAUGAAACUACUUGCUGCUAACAUUUGGAAUGUAUGGUAUUACUAACCUUAAACACACAGGGUUUUAUUAAGGCUAAGGGAAAAGAAGCAUGGUAUUUGUUUAAAACGCGUAGCCAAGGCUGGGCCACGCUUAAACAAGCUACCCCUUAAGUUGCUGCGUGACCGGCCAUGGGCCGGUUGGGUUCUGGCUGGGCUUCUUACAGCGGCAGGGGAAGCGGCUGCUUGAAGCAGCCCUCAAGACUGCGGCAGGCGCUCGCUCCGUACUGCGCCGCUGCUUGCAGCUCAGGGGGGGUCUCGAUGCAGAGACCCCCGUCCUGUGGCUGAGGCCCUGCUGAGCAGCUGGGGACAGCAGCUGCAGAUAGUGGAAGGAUUCACUAAUUAAUAAAGGCAACUGCAGGUACUUUAGCUAAACUUAAAGAAAUGCAGUUGCUUGGCAAAGUAAUGGAAAUAGGGACAAGCAAUGCUGUACAACAUAGUCCCUGAGAAUUCUUAGCUCUGCUUUAUUGCAUGUCCUUCCGGCUCUUUUCCUUAGUGUGGAAAAUUAAGUUGGCUGCCAGGCUUAAAAAAGAGAAGGUAGCUCCUCAAACCAAAUCCACAUCUUAAAGACAGUGCUGGUUAUUUUUCAGAAGGGAGCAAACCUCUUAAUGGCUUUAUUUUUUAAAAGUAACUUUUUAAAGUACGUAAUUCCUAGAAUCUCUGUUCAGCGUGUGGUAAACCAAUGAAGAAAAACAUACUGUACACAUAAUUUCCAUUCUGAUUAUCAGCCACACAAGUUUAUUAAAGAUUUGUGAUGGGUUUU